GGCGCGCGCGCUCCCCGCCCAGCACGCUUCUGGGCCCCGAGACUCGGAACGAGCCACACCAUGGUGCUGUCUCCCGCUGACAAGACCAACGUCAAGACCGCCUGGGACAAGGUCGGCGGCCACGCUGGCGAGUAUGGCGCGGAGGCCCUGGAGAGGAUGUUCCUGUCCUUCCCCACCACCAAGACCUACUUCCCCCACUUCGACCUGAGCCACGGCUCCAGCCAGGUCAAAGGCCACGGCAAGAAGGUGGCCGACGCGCUGACCACCGCCGUAGGGCACAUGGACGACAUGCCCAACGCCCUGUCCGCUCUGAGUGACCUGCACGCGCACAAGCUGCGGGUGGACCCGGUCAACUUCAAGCUCCUGAGCCACUGCCUGCUGGUGACCCUGGCCUGCCACCACCCUGCGGACUUCACCCCUGCCGUGCAUGCCUCCCUGGACAAGUUCCUGGCCUCUGUGAGCACCGUGCUGACCUCCAAUACCGUUAAGCUGGAGCCCGGGUG